AAACACGCCGUAUUGUAUUUAUAUCCAUCCCCAACCCACGAUCCAAUCCAGGCUUUUAGCUGCUGCAGGCUGUCCACCAAAACGAGCUAGAGCUCUGCCUCUGCUUCCCAAUGGCAAUGCUCCAUCGAGUACUGCUUCUGCUCGCGCUCAUGGUGGCGGCCGCGUCUGGCACCGGCGAGAAGAAGACGCCGACGCUGGUGUUCAUCCUGGCAGGGCAGUCCAACAUGGGCGGCCGCGGCGGCGCCACGGUCGGCGGCAAGUGGGACGGCAUCGUGCCCCAAGAAUGCAACCCUUCCCCGCGCGUGCUCCGCCUCUCCCCGGGUCUCCGCUGGGAGGAAGCCCGCGAGCCGCUGCACGCCGGCGUGGACGUCGGCAACGUGCUGGGCGUCGGCCCCGGCAUGCCGUUCGCGCACGCCGUGCUGCGCUCCCCGCGCGCCGCCCCGCACGGGAGCGGCGCCGUGGUCGGGCUCGUCCCCUGCGCGCAGGGCGGCACCCCGAUUGCGAACUGGUCCCGCGGGAGCGACCUCUAUGGGCGCAUGAUUACGCGCACCAGGGCCGCCAUGGCUGAGACCUCCGGCCAUGGGAAGCUCGCCGCCAUGCUCUGGUUCCAGGGCGAGACGGACACUAUCAGGCGCGAGGACGCGCUCGUGUAUGCCGGACGCAUGGAGGCCCUGGUUCGUGACGUCCGCCGUGACCUCGCCAUGCCCGACCUCCUCGUCAUCCAGGUUGGGAUUGCGACGGGGCAGGGCAAGUUCGUGGAUCUGGUGAGGAAAGCGCAGAGGGAAGUGAAGCUGCCGAACCUCAAGUAUGUGGACGCCAUGGGACUCCCCAUCGCCAGCGACUUCACGCAUCUCACCACGCCGGCGCAGGUCCGCCUUGGCAAGAUGCUCGCCGACGCCUACUUGGCCACGCUCUGAAUAUCGACUAGCAGCAAUAACCGAGUGGAGUGGAGAAUACCACUGCUAGCCACUUGAUUUCUCAACGUUGUUGUUUUACUGUAUGCCAGCCUAGUUGGUUUGGUCGUCAUUGGUUGCGUGUGCGCUGAAAAUGGUGCUGCAAAUAAGCACAAUCUUCUUAACAUUUUGUCGCUCCCAUUACUUCCAUCAUUACUUGAUUCAUGGAUGAGUUUGCUGAUGGAUUAGCGGUCUUUGUCUGUCCC